AUGGCGGUGAGAGAUCGUAGUUCUCGUCCGUCGGGACCCCCGGACAGAUGGCCAUCAGGUCUGUUCGGACGAAGAGCGAAGGGAGGCCGCCUGACUCGUUCGACUCGCACGGAAAAGGUGCCGUCGGUCCUCGCAGCAUCUCGUUAUCUUCGCGUCAUGUUAGAGGCAGAGUACUCCGGUUACACCACCGUCUACCAGCCGAGUAUCUCAAUCCCUACCCUCUCGGCCUUCGAAGGGUCGUCCUACGCCGGGGGAGACGGCCAGCCACUUGCCGCCGUCGUCAGGCUCAUCAUCUCCCGUCAUCAGGAGUCACCCUCAGCCCGUCGCCGUAGUUAG